UGUAAACUAAAAAGAGUGCUUUAAAUGCCUCUUAUUCCUUGUUAACUUGUCAACUUUGAACUUUUUUCUCAUUCUCUCUCUAACUCACCCCCCAUUUCUUCUUCUUCCUCCCAAUUUUCUCUGCACUUUCCAGUUUCCAUAGCCAACCAUCUUCUUCACAAGUCACAACAAGGGAGCACGCACUGGAAGAAUCCACUUCCAUUUCAAAUUCCUCCAGAUUUCUUUCCUGUGGAUUGUAAUUCCAAUUUUUUGUUCUGAAGAAAAAUAGUCGUAAACCCUAGAAAUUUUGUUUUUAUGUGAUGAUCGCAGGUUCUGAAAUAGUCAAAAUUAGUGUUAAUUUUAUCAAAAAUGAUGAACACCUCCAAUGGAAUCAUGUCUCCUUCUUCAUCGUCGAAUUCCGGAGCAAUUAAUACUCAGUCAUCGACUUCUUUGAAGACUUACUUUAAAACUCCUGAAGGUCGUUACAAGCUUCAGUAUGAGAAAUCUUAUCCUUCUGGUCUUCUUCAUUAUUCUCAUGGAAAGAGUUUUUCUCAGGUGACCCUUGCUCAUUUGAAAGAUAAGCCUAACCAAAACACACAAGCAUCAACGUCAAGUGCAGGUGUUACCAGUGGGGUAAGAUCAGCAGCUGCCCGAAUUUUAGGUGCUGGGAAUGGCAGGGCACUUAGUUUUGUUGGAGGAAAUGGUGCAAGUAAAUAUGCAAGCACUACUAGUAAAAAUGGAUCUAUGGGAGCUUCAAAUUUGAGUGAUACAAACAAUAAUCUAAAUUUUGAUGGAAAGGGGACUUACUUAAUAUACAAUGUAGGUGACACAAUUUUUAUUAGUGAUUCGAAUUCUCAAGAUAAGGAUCCAAUUAAAUCAAUAAAUUUUAGUAAUUCGAACCCUUUUUGCCAUGCAUUUGAUCCAGAUGCCAAGGAUGGUCAUGAUUUCCUUAUUGGGUUGAACUCAGGGGAUGUGUAUUCAGUGUCCUUAAGGCAACAAUUACAAGAUAUGGGGAAGAAGCUUGUUGGUGCACAUCAUUAUAAUAAAGAUGGGUCCUUGAACAACAGCCGUUGCACUAGUAUUGCGUGGGUUCCCAAGAGUGACGGUGUCUUUGUUGUUGGUCAUGCAGAUGGAAAUAUGUAUGUGUAUGAAAAGAGCAAGGAAGGUGUAGGUGAUCCUUCAUUCUCUGCUACCAAGGAUCAGAAUCAGUUUUCUGUAGCCCAUGCACGGACGAGUAAGAGUAAUCCAACUGCUAGAUGGCAUAUAUGUCAAGGUUCAAUUAAUAGCAUUGCAUUCUCAAACGAUGCUGUCUACAUGGCUACUGUUGGAAGAGAUGGAUAUUUACGAGUUUUUGAUUAUUUGAAAGAACAACUUAUAUAUGGUGGAAAAAGUUAUUAUGGUGCUCUUCUUUGCUGUGCUUGGAGUGGGGACAGCAAGUAUAUUUUGACUGGUGGGGAAGAUGACUUGGUUCAAGUGUGGAGUAUGAUAGACCGAAAAGUUGUGGCUUGGGGAGAGGGUCACAACUCUUGGGUUAGUGGAGUGGCAUUUGAUCCUUUUUGGUCCCCACCAAAUUCUGAUGAGUCUGAGGAGAACACUGUGUAUCGUUUUGGCUCUGUUGGUCAGGAUACACAACUUCUCCUUUGGGACUUGGAAAUGAAUGAGAUUGUAGUACCACUUCGUCGAGCUCCUGGCGGCUCACCUCGUAUUGGCUCACCGACUUAUAGCACUGCAAGCCAGUCUCCUCACUGGGAUAGUGCCUGCUCCACUGGUACACUACAGCCUUCUCCCAGCAUGCGGGAUGUACCUAAGCUUUCUCCUGUGGUGGUUCAGCAUGUUCACAAUGAACCUCUUUCAGGUGUGAUAUUUACUGAAGAGUCUGUGCUAACUGCAUGCCGGGAAGGUCACAUAAAAGUGUGGAUGAGGCCUGGGUGUGCGGAGAACCAAUCCAGCAAUUCAGAAACAAUCUUGAACGUCAAUUCGAGAGAAAAGCCUGUAAUAAUGAAAAAUAAUACAUCUAGCUUUAAGCAAUAAAAACAUCUGCUUAGUAGUUCCCAUGGCUUGGUCAAAUGAGUUGGUUCUCCUCACUAUGUUCCCGGAAGAAAUGGGAUUGAUGAAGCUGAAACUACCAAAAAGCUAACCUGUAUUGAAACUCUUUAAUAACCGGGUUAGGUAUAUAAUGUCGUUGGUAGGAAAAUGAUUCACAGUUUGCGAUGCCAAAGGUUAUACCGUCCAUCUACAAUCGUUAGGGUUGCGACUCAACAAAUGAAUCACCCAAUUCUUGGAUUUGGGGGUAUAAUAUGGUUGCUAAUAUAAGUAUUAAGCAUCCCAUGUUUUGAUGUCCAGAUCUUGUUUUUGUUCUUGUUUUCUCUCUUUUUUUUUUUUUUUUUUUUUUUUUUUUACUAAUAUGGUAAAUUAGUAUCGUAAAUUGUGACUCAUCUUCAUUGGAAGUAAAAGUAGUUCCAUUUGUCCUAUUCCGGACUUACAUUUAAGUUGUGUAUUUUUAUGCUCUCAAUAAAUUUUACCAAUGGGCAAUAAAUUAUUUCAUUUUAAUGAAAA